GAUCAUAGUUGGGAUUGCUAACCAGUCUGUUGGAAAAUUUUCAUCUGCUCUCAGUGGGAACUAAAUCAUUGUGUGGGUUUGCUGGGUUUCACAGCAGAAGUCAACCGAACAGGGUAUCCCUCAAGAUGGAGAACAAGAAAAAGAAUUUAGCAGACAGAUUUCGUCUGAAACCCAAGUUGCCCAACUUUAAGAAGUCCCCCAAGAAGCCACUGGCCAAGCAGGGGAGGAAUCUGGCCAAUCGACGAAGUAUCUCUGUACCCGACCUAACAAUGGUGCCAGGUGAAGCAUAUUCUACUGAGAAUCCCUUGCUGUCUUCUGCCGCUGAUGCCACGGCCGUUGGCGUCUCUCCCGGUCUGAGUGAAACUGAUUCUGCUGCGAGUUCAUUGAACGAGUUUGCAGACAAACAAAGUAAUACAAUCCCAGAAACCAGAUCCAGAUUUCUUCAGCCUGAUCCCUCAUAUACAGCUCUGAAUAGAUUAAGCGCACCGCCAGAGACCCCUGGCCUUUAUGAGGAAAUUAAUGAAAUGGUUAAUUCUGGUUCAGAGAACAAAUCCAGCCCAGCUCUAGAUGAUUUAUAUGCUAAAAUAGAUAAAAAAGGCAAAGGGCCCUUAUCAAAAUUUCCUUUUGAACAAGUUCCGACAGGAAGCGAUAUGUCUAACGGUGGACAAGAUCCCAUACCAAGACCAGACCUUCCAGAGAGAUGGAGUAUUCUUGGUGAAGAAGUCCCAGAAAAAGGGCCUAGUCUUGCUGCAGCGCUGGCCAGAGCACAGUCACUGGGGGAGCAAAAAAACCUUUAUAAAGAAAAACAGAGCUUAUCAACUGAGCCGAAAAAGCCAUCAUCUGAAAAAGGGACUCCACCAGCAAUCAGACAAAACGCUCAUACUGAUAGGAUGAUGUUAGACUCUGUGGGCAGACCUUUGGAAAGUGGAGAUGGCAACUCUCUGGACUCGGCGUGCGGCACUCCCAGUGAGGAGAAAGUCAACAUGCCUUGGAUGACAGACGUGGAAGAACCUUUUACUCCCAUGCUGAUGAGAGAGUUCUCCUUAGACGAGAAUCUUCUUGAGGAAACCCAGAGGGAUGAGGACGAUGAUACUGGAGAGAUAACCAGUGAAUCAGCCGACUUAUUUGAUGAAAAUCCUCCUGAUGUUCAAGGGGGGUGUGAGGAUCGAGUACCUGCCCGAUUCCAGAGGUAUCUCUUGAACAUCAACCUAAAGCGGGGAAAAAACCUGGUCAUCAGACACAAGCGCUCAGGUACCAGUGAUCCAUAUGUGAAGUUCAAAAUUGAAGGAAAGCAGUUCUAUAAAAGCAAAGUGGUUUAUAAAGACCUGAACCCUCGCUGGAACGAGUCCUUCUCCCACCCUCUCCGAGACAGAGAACAUAACAUAGAAGUUCGGGUCUACGAUAAAAAUCGGACCUCUGAUGAAUUCAUGGGUUCCAGCUUUAUUUCCCUGAGAGAUCUUGAACUGCACAAAACCAAUGAAAUGGAGUUGCGUCUCGAAGAUCCAAAAAGCAAGGAAGAUGACAUGGGAGUCAUUAUUGUUGACGUCUGCCUGAUGUUCAGAGACGCCACCAUCAAAAAAGGCCCGAGAUUUGGACCCAAAAAGAAUAAGCAGAACCAGGCCACGCCGGCUCAGCGCUCGGCUGAAACACAGAAGAAUCAGCUGAGGAACCAGAUGUGGACCGGGGUGCUCUGUAUCACCUUGGUGGAGGGACAGGACAUGCCGCAGUGUGGCCAGGGUGACAUUUACGUCCGCUUUCGCCUCAGUGAUCAGAAGUACAAGAGCAAGAACCUUUGCAUUCAGCCAAAUCCCCAGUGGAGAGAGCAGUUUGACUUCAAUCAGUUUGAAGAUAACCAGGAACCUCUACAGGUGGAGAUGUGCUCAAAGAGAGGGAGGAAGAGUGAAGAAUCAUGGGGGAUGCUUGAGGUUGACGUGUCGAGACUUACGGUUAAUGAGAGGCAAUUCUACUCCUAUAUGCUGAACCCAGGAAAAGGCAGAGUGGUGUUUCUGAUCACCCUGAGAUCUGUCUGGGGGGUCUCCAUCUCUGACAUUGAAAAUGCUACCUUGUCAAAACCCGAUGAGAAAGACGAAGUGGUGGAGAAAUUUAGCUUAAAAAACUCGCACAACUGCAUGAGAGAUAUUGGCAUCCUUCAGGUUGGCGUAAUCAAGGCAAAUGAUCUCGCUGCUACAGACAUUAAUGGGAAAAGCAACGCCCUGUGCGUUAUAGAGCUGGGGAACUGUAAACUUCAAACUCACACAGUCUAUAAGAAUGUAAAUCCAGAGUGGAACAAAGCAUUUACAUUCCCGAUUAAGGACAUCACCGAUGUGGUCGAGUUGACUGUCUUUGAUGAAAAUGGAGACAAAGCCCCAAACUUUUUGGGGAAGGUGGCCAUUCCUUUACUUACUGUUAAGAAUGGCCAGGAGAUAACUCUGUUACUGAAGAAAGAAAAACUGGGAAGUGCGUCUAAAGGAACCAUCACUCUGGUGCUGGAGGUUAUCUACAACAAAGUGGGAGCUGGUGUCAAAUCCUUUCAGCCCAAGGAGGCGAAAUUAACAGAGGAAACCAUCAAGUUCAACAAAAAGGUUCUUGCCCAGAGUAUAUAUCGGGUCCGCAAAAUCAGCACGGCAGUUCUGUCCACGUUACAGUACAUUAAAAGCUGUUUUCAGUGGGAGAGCACGCAACGGAGUCUAAUAGCCUUUCUGAUCUUCCUCUUGACAGUGUGGCACUGGGAACUCUUCAUGCUUCCCCUCUUCCUGCUUCUCCUCAUAGGCUGGAAUUACUUCCAGCUCUCAACGGGAAGGGCCAGCUACAACCAAGACCUGGUGAACAUGACCAUAGGUGACGACGAGGAGGAAGACGAGAAGGAACCCGGAAAAAAGGGUUUGAUUGACAAGAUAUAUAUGGUGCAGGAAGUAGUGCUGGCUGUCCAGAACGUUUUGGAGGAGAUUGCAAACAUCGGGGAGCGAGUUAAGAACAUAUUCAACUGGUCUGUCCCAUUCUUGUCGUGCUUGGCCUGCUUGGUGCUGUUUGUGGCAGCAGCGCUAUUGUAUUUGAUCCCACUGCGAUACAUUGUACUGAUAUGGGGCAUUAACAAAUUUACCAAGAAGCUGCGCAACCCAUAUAGUAUUGACCAUAAUGAAAUACUGGAUUUCCUCAAGAGGGUGCCUUCAGAUGUUCAAAAGGUGGAGUACAGUGUGCUGAGAGCGCCCACCAGCCAGAACCAGGCGCGGAAGAAAAAGUAAGCUCCGCGGACACGCUGGAUGAAAGGCUGGUCUCUUUCUAAAUGUGGCAUGAUGCAAUCCACCUGACAACAAUGCUCCAGUACCAGCAGAGCCCCUGACCCCAUGCACCCCAUCAUACCACCCUAACUCUGCUCCCUGCUGCUGAGGGGCAGCUAGCCGCUCUCUGGCUUGUGUGUUUGCCACCCCCCUGACAGGGGCUGUGAACUGCAGCCGCUAGGAGGGCAGCACAUGGCGCUGUCAAUCACAAGCUUGGAGGCAAAGAAAAGAGAGCAUUGCGAGGCUCAGCCUUCAUCUUUGGAUAUAAUUUAAAAAAGGAAUGAAAAGCAUCUGGGGCUUUUUUUCGACUUUGGUAAAACUGAGAAAUUUGCCAAAUCACUGCAAUGUGCUUUUUUUCUUUAUAUGUUCAUUUAAUUAAAGGUCACAUAUAUUUUAAAUAACUGUGGUGAAAUAAUAUUUUUUGUUUAUAUUUAAAAUAUUAAGGACAGAGUACUGAAUUUAUCUUUUUUGUGGUAUAGAUUUGCUUUAUUUAACGUAAUCCUACAAGCACUCCUCAUUUUAUCUCCGAAGCAAAUAUAGUCACGAAAUGUAUUAUUUCCAACUUGCUUUGCUUAAGUAAAGUUUUUGUGUUUCCUGUUAAAUUCAUGUGCAAGUUUUACCUCCUAGCAUCGUGUCUGCAUCAUCAAAUGGAGAAUCUGCACGAAUCCUGAAUAAAGAAUCUUGAUCAGUUUGA